AUGAACGAUGAACUAUAUAAUCCUCAAGUUGCAAAUGAUCGGAAGUCAGAGAUUGGAAUGAAAUUUGCAACAGUAGAUGAUACAUUUUCAUUCUAUAAUCAGUAUGCACGGGAAUUCGGUUUUAGUGCAAGAUUAAGCACUUGUCAAACUGAUGAAUAUCGUUCAAAGAAAAGAAAAACGAGUGGUGACACAAUCAAGACAAGAGCUCGUGGUGAAGUUAGAACUGGUUGCAAGGCAAAAAUUACUAUUGUCAAACAACAAACUGGACCUGAUUGGAGUGUUAGUGUCUUUGUGGAAGGUCAUAAUCAUGGACUUUCUACUCCUUCAAAGGUGCAUUUGCUUCGAUCACACCGUAGUGUUUCUAUGGUUAAGAGAGUAUUGACUCAGCAAUUGUCCGAAGCUAAUAUACCGACAUGUCAACAAAUGCAAUUAUUGGAGAUAGAGUGCGGUGGACCUGAAAAUGUUGGUUGCACGGAGAGAGAUAUUAGGAAUUUUGAGAAAGAAUUAAAGGAUGAGCAAAAGGGGAUUGAUGCUGAAACUCUUAUAGAAUUCUUUACCUUAGAGAAAGAGAAGAAUAAAGCAUUUUUCUUUGAUUAUGAGACAGAUUCAGACAAUAGGUUCAGUAGAUGUUUUUGGGCAGAUCCUAAAUCAAGGGGGGCCUAUAGUGUAUUUGGUGAUAUCGUUGUCUUUGAUUCCACCUAUAACACCAAUAAGUAUUCAAUGAUUUUUACGCCUUUUGUAGGGGUUAAUCAUCACCAUCAAACAAUAGUUUUUGGUUGUGGAUUUCUUAGUGACGAGAAGACUGAAUCAUAUGUUUGGCUACUUAAUAAGUUUAUGGAUAUGCCAACAGGUCCACCAAAAUCAAUCAUCACUGAUCAAGAUCCUGCAUUAACAAAAGCACUUGCACAAGUUUUGCUAGGAACAGUGCAUCGUUAUUGCUUGUGGCAUAUAUUGAACAAGUUUCCUGAAAAUAUUUCUCCGGUAACAUUUCGGGACCACUACCAAAGCAUAAAAAAUGUUAAAAAAAAUUCUAUAUCUCCUGAGGAUUUUGAGCAUGGCACAAAGUUUUUGGAUGAACAACUUGAUUUCAUAGAUAGUAAACUCAAAGAAAUGGGUGUUAGUCCAACAACUGAAUAUGGAAGUCAAAGAAGGAAAAGCUCGGAUAAAGCCAUAAAUAUUGGCGAUCCUUGUCAAAUAAGAGCAAAGGGGUGCAGUAAGCGAAUGCUAUCAUCAAAAGAGAAGUCAACUUUAAAGCUUAGGGCUUGUCAUGGAUGUGGGCAACGUGGAGUAUCACAUGACAAACGUAAUUGCCCAAGUUUAAAUGAUGGAUCUGUUGCAGGUUAUGGAAAUGAGCAACAAGAAUGA